UCUUCACUUUGUGUUAUUUCAGGUGGCUGAACUGGCAGUAAAAGCCAACAUGCACCUCAAAGAUCUGGAUGAGAACAUUUUUGAUGAUGAUGAUUUUUAUCAUCAGCUUCUCCGAGAGCUUAUUGAGCGCAAAACAAGUGCAACAGACCCCAAUGAUCAAGUGGCCAUGGGAAAGCAAUGGCUUGCUAUCCAGAAACUGCGUAGUAAAAUCAAGAAGAAGGUGGACACCAAAGCCAGCAAAGGCAGAAAAAUCAGGUUUCACGUUCACAGUAAGCUGAUGAAUUUUAUGGCUCCUAUGGACAACAGCAGCAUGAGCGAUGAUGCACGGUGAGUGAAGCCUUACCUUUUUUUUAACCUGCUUUAAAGACAAAAAUAAUCAACUGAUC